AUGGAGUCACCUUUCUCAAGGUUAAGAUGGAGAAAAUCAGCUCUAAAACCAAUUCAAAUCACCAAGAGGGACUCUACUGGAGACCAGCAGAAUGGUCAUAGCGGAGACGAUCACCAUCUGACAGCAAGUGGUGAAGAACAACCGUUGAGCCCGGCAGCACGUUUGUUCCAUGAACCAAAUUUUAAUGUUUACAUCAUAGCCAUUAUGGGUUCCAAGAACCCUAUUAACGUCCGUGUUCCAUAUGAGCAGUUGCCACAUGCUUUACUUAAGCAUCCCCGAUUCUCUAGUUUGCAGGUUGUAGAUGAUGCAAAUGGAGGAAUAAUGAAAUGGGUCCCAACAAAUGUGAACUUAGACAACCACAUUAUCAUCCCUACCAUCCCACAAAAUCUAAAUUUAUCAUUCGCUGAUAAAUUCCUUGAAGAUUAUGUCUACAAUCUCAGCAAGACCUCCAUUGACCCAUCAAAACCCAUGUGGGAUCUCCAUCUCCUCAAUCUCAAGACCUCCCAAGCCGAAGCCAUUGGGAUCUUUCGUAUUCACCACUCUCUUGGCGACGGAACUUCCCUCAUGUCGUUACUCCUGGCCCAAACUCGACAGAUAUCCAACCCUGAGGCUGUUCCUACCAUUCCAACCAAAAAGGAUGUUAAUUCGGGUUGGUUUUCGUAUAUAAGUUUUGGGGGUGGCAGAGUAGGGCCUUGGUGGUAUAGAUGGUGUGUGGCUUUUUGCAUGGUUUGCAUGCUUAUUUGGAAUACGCUUGUCGAUGUUACUUAUUUUAUGGUGACCGCUUUGUUCUUGAAAGAUACUGAAACGCCGUUAAAAGCUCCUGAUGGGGCAGAGUUUAAUCCAAGGAGGUUUGUUUACCGGACAGUUAGCCUUGAUGAUAUGAAACUCAUCAAGAAUGCCAUGAAUUUGACAAUUAAUGACGUCGCAUUAGGGGUAACCCAAGCUGGACUAUCACAGUACCUUAACCGGAGAUAUGGUGAGGAGGGGAAAGAAGACAAAGGCUCGACCCAGACGAAGAAUAAUCUUCCAAAGAAGAAGAUACGCCUGCGUUCAACGCUUUUGAUCAACAUAAGACCAUCUUCAGGCAUUCAAGCAUUGGCUGAUAUGAUGGAGAAGAACACAGAAGCAAAAUGGGGAAAUUGGAUUGGUUAUGUGCUCCUUCCAUUCACAAUCGGCAUCAGAGAUGAUCCGCUGGACUAUGUUAGAGAAGCCAAGGCAACAAUUGAUCGAAAAAAGCACUCCCUGGAGGCCCUAUAUACCUUCUCAAUAGCUGAGUUGGUUCUUAAGUUGUUUGGAAUCAAGGCGGCAAGCUCACUUUCGCACAAGAUCAUCACACAAACAACAUUAUGCUUCUCAAACAUGGUUGGACCUCUCGAAGAAAUUGGUUUUUAUGGCCACGCCAUGGAAUUCCUUGCUCCCAGUUCUUACGGACAACCACAUGGUUUGAUGAUUAACUUCCAAAGUUAUGUGAACAAGAUGACAAUAGUCCUCUCAGUUGAUGAUAAUACCAUCCCAGAUCCUCACAAGCUAUUAGAUGAUCUUGAGGGAUCACUAAAACUCAUCAAAGCAGCAGUCUAUGCAAGGGGGCUUGUUAAAAAAGAUGGUACGCUAGAGGCCGCAUUCACAUAA